CACUUUUAACUUUCCCGCCUUCUCAAAAUAGUAAUAGAAAUCAAUAAUGUUUAUUUUUUUAAAAAUUUCUUUUGUUAAUGGCUGAGAGCAGAACAAUCAUCAAAACGCCUUUAAAAAAUUCCUCCUCGGCUCCUCCUACCUAAGAAACCCUAAUUUCAAUUCCAUUACCCGGCUGACGCCGAAAAAUGUCUACCUGGCAGAUAUUCUCCGAUGCCGGCAAUACCUUCCGGUGGGAAACCUCCGACCGAAAUCCCCAAAUAGAACCCGAAGAUGAUUCUGAUUCACCAAAUGCUACUCAUAUCUAUAGUCACUACACUAGCUCUAGUCUCCCUUCCAUGUCCGAUCUCCUGCUCCAAGGGUGUUCUAAGCUUCUGGAUAAUCGCGGUGAAAGUGCGGGGAGCUUUCCAGCAUUCCAAACCGGAUUGGGAAAAUUGGUCACCGUGAAACAGUCUUCGAUAGCAAAAGCAUUAUCUGUUCUUGGCGAAGAUACAGGCCAAGUGCUAGCUAGAGAUAAUGGAUGUGAUUCCUCAAAUUCUCUCUUCCAGACAGGCUCUGGUAAAACAGUCAAUAUAUCUUCAGAUGGUCUAAUUAGAGCCAAGACAUUGUUGGGAUUGGAAGAAGAUACUGAUGAUUGCGUUUCUCAAGGCUAUCAACAUUCAGCAAAACCAAAUACGCCAUUUGGAUGGCAAGGUUUAUCUCCUCUAGAAAUGGGAGAGGGCGUGAACAAUAGUGUGAUUAAGGAUGUCAGGUCAGUUCCAAGACAUUCUUUUGAUUCUAAGAUUAGUUCAGCAGGAAGUAGAUUGAAGAAUCAGGGAAACCCAAACAUUGUGCAACCCGAAAUGCAUAGUUCAGCUCUCAAACCACCUCCAAUCAAGUUCCAUACUGCUGGUGGAAGAUCUCUAUCUGUCUCUGGUGAUGCACUGAAACGUGCAAUGAGCCUUCUUGGUGAACCAGAGCUGGGAACUUUCUUGAAUGAAGGGGAUGCAGAUGAUUCAAUUUUUUUUCUCAAAGGGACAAGAUUGACUGAUACUUCAUCAAAUGAGGGAAAUGAUCCUCGGACUCCCUUUUCUCAUGAGAAAAUGGAAAAUUGCAAAAAUAUGCCAAAUAUUUUCAUAUCCCCAUUACGGUCGUCUUCUUAUCAAGGGCGGUUGCCCGUCAAGUCAGAACAUAUUAUUGCAGGGAAUAACUUGAUCAAGGAAUUUGAUGCUGUUCACCAUGGCAAUGCUUGUAGAUUAAACAGUAAUGCAUCUUCUCUUGAGAAGCGGUUAAGUGAUGGCCAAGGUGGUUCCGACACAGUAGCAAAAAGUUCUUUGGCAAAUGGUGUCGGUUCAAGGAUUAAUUCCUUUGGACGGACACCAGCCAGGCCAUUGGUUGAUAUUUCAAAUACCAUUGACACGGCUUGUACAAAUAAUGGACAAAUGACUAGUGUAAAGAGAAUACACGGGAAAAGUUCUAUUUCUCCAUUCAAAAAGCCCCGCAGCUCCAAAUUUUCCACCCCUUUGAAUAGUACUGUUCCAUUUGUUUCUAAUGGUUUAUCUACUUCAACAUCUGCACCUUCAUGCUGCAAAACUGGAAUUUCCUCACGCUACCCAUUUAAGAUUCCAAGAAUGUAUAUUAAGGAAUUUAUUAAAGUACCUCCGUCAAACCAGAAUAUGUUGGAGGUUUUGUCAGACCAGAUCAGGUGCAUCAAAUCAACUAAUGCAGAAAAGUAUACUUUUCAUGAUGAAACUGGAUUAAAUUGCAUUGGACCAGAAGCUUUUUUCCACAUGUUGGCUCGGACCGGAGCAUUAGAGCAAUAUGCUUCAAAAGAGUGGGUCAUAAAUCACUACAAGUGGAUUGUUUGGAAACUGGCAUGUUAUGAGAGAUACAAUCCCACUAAAGCUGCUGGAAAAUUUUUUACAGCGUCCAAUGUGCUCGAGGAAUUGAAGUAUAGAUACGAAAGAGAAGUCAAUCACGGCCACCGCUCUGCAAUUAAAAGAAUACUGGAAGGGGAUGCAUCGCCUUCUUUGAUGAUGGUUCUAUGCAUUUCGGCAGUUUGCUCAAUUUGUGAUCUAAAGAAUGAUACUUCUUCUGUGGCAGUAACUGGGGCUCAAAAUAGUAAUGCAACAAAGGUUGAACUAACUGAUGGGUGGUAUGCAAUGAAUGCUGUUUUGGACGCACAGCUAUCAAAGCAGCUUGCUGCCGGAAAACUGUUUGUGGGACAGAAACUUCGGAUCUGGGGAGCAGGAUUAUGUGGCUGGGUUGGACCUGUUUCACCCCUCGAGGUGUCAAGGACAGUUAGUUUGCUACUGCACAUAAAUGGGACGUACAGAACUCAUUGGGCUGAUCGACUGGGAUUCUGUAAAGGCGUUGGUGCUCCUUUAGCAUUUAGGUGCAUUAAGAGUAAUGGGGGUCCCGUGCCUCUGACUUUAGUUGGAGUCAGACGGAUAUACCCUCUCCUCUACAAGGAGAGGUUAAGUAAUGGAGGAUCUAUUGUGAGAUCAGAGAGGAUGGAGAGUAGAAUGGUGCAAUUGUACAAUCAGAGGCGAUCUACUGUUGUAGAGGGCAUUGUUUCUGAGUUUCAAAGAGGCACAAAAGAUUCAAAUAAUUAUAAUGACACUGAUAGUGAAGGAGCAAAAAUUUUGAGGAUACUUGAGACGGCUGCAGAACCUGAAGUAUUAAUGGCAGAGAUGAGUCCGGAGCAGCUAACCUCUUUUGCUACUUAUCAAGCAAAACUAGAGGCAACCAAGCAGUCAGACAUGGAGAAAGCAAUCAAGGAAGCUUUCGAAGGUGCUGGCUUAGGUGAGAGAGAAGUCACCCCAUUUAUGAGAGUGAGAGUGGUUGGAUUAACAAAUAAAAUCUGUCACGGAAAGGACAGCCCGAAAGAAGGCUUGAUAACAAUCUGGAACCCAACAGACAAGCAGCAACAUGAGCUGGCUGAGGGUCAGGCUUAUUCCGUUGCAGGACUUGUACCUAUUAAUUCUGAUGCAAAUACCCUAUACUUGCAAGCAAGGGGAUCCACUACCAAAUGGCAGCCUUUAUCUUCCCAAGUAACCGAACACUUUAUUCGAUUUCACAGUCCUCGCAAAUCAGUCUUACUGUCGGGUUUGGGUGAGGUUCCACUUUCCAGUGAGUUUGAUAUUGCUGCGGUCGUAGUGUACGUGGGGGAGGUUUUUGCAGACCCUCACCAAAGGAAACAGUGGGUGUUUGUGACGGAUGGCUCCAUUUCCGAGUCACGGUCAGAGGAAUUAUCCAAUUCUUUACUUGCCAUCAGCUUCUGCUUAUCAGAUGUCGAUGAUUCAUCAUUUGCACCAGUCAACUCUAAUCUUGCAGGAUCCACGAUUGGUUUCUGUAAUCUCAUCAAGAGAGCGAAGGACCAAACGAAUCAUCUCUGGGUAGCAGAAGCUACAGAAAAUUCAAUCUACUUUCUAAAUCUUGAUCCUCCCCCUUGUUCUCACCUAAAAAAUGCAGCUGCCUUAACGCAAAAAUGGGCAAUAAUGUCGAGUUUGACUUUGGAUAAGCUUAGAGAGAAGGUUUUAUUUAUUAUUGGUGAUUGUAAGGGCUAGAUGGCAAAUGGAGCUGAUCUAAAUUGGCUAGCAAUUCUCUCCUAUAUGUUCUAUUUGACAUCAACCUGAGGGUGUCUGGCUCCUACGGCUUACUUAUACUCUGGAAUGCUUGAAAAGCUUAAUUUUUUCUGGUCUUCAUCGCCAAUAUUUAAUUGGCAUUGACUGUGUAUGCUGA